UUUCUGAUGAACGAAUGGAUGCAGGAAAAGGCAGAGACUGUCGUCCCAGUCUCGUGUCCUCUUACAAUUCACACUGAAUUAUCCUGGGACCUCUCCACUGCCAGUCCUACAUGUUAUGUACGCUGUACCAAAGACACUCCCAGUGGGCCAGGAAUCUUGGCUGCCCAUCUCAGACGAAACAGCACUUCUGGAAAUAGUGGUAAACAAUCAUCAAGCAUUGGGUCAGCUAAAAAGCGUUGGCUGCGACAAGCUAUGUGUGAAACGGAACUACCCGGUGUAGAAGGAUGUGGGAUAGAGACGAGUCAUUGUUCACCACUACACAAUGGCUCUAUGAGUCCUAACCCCCAGAGUGAAGCCAACAGCCCCUGCUUAUCUCCUUCAGGAGAUGUGUUGACUCCCCUAAAAAAACGAAGAAUGAUGCGAGCAAGUAGAGAUUCUGUUCCCUCUCCUACAACUCCAGCAGAUAAUCCUGAAUCUAAUCCUUCAGCUUCUAGCCCCGAGCCUUCUUCAGGAACCCAUGGAGAAAACUUUAUGUCUUCUGUGUUUGGAAUCAAGAGGCUUACUUCAGAGGACUUCUCAGGGAAAGAGGAUUAUCAAUACAGAGAUAAGACAUGCAGUGUUGAAGAACAGAUCAAUGUAGUAGAUGACACUUGGCAUAAUAAAGCAGCAACUGAAAGACAGCAUAACAUUGACAUGGACAAAAGAGACCCAAGGUUGGAGACAUCUGUGAGUAACAUGCUGAUGGCAGUGUGUAGUAGUACAUCUAUCAGUAGUGCUACUGAAUCCUCGCAAGACUCCUGUGAGUGUUUGGACUUGUCGAGUCACAUUCACAACAUUACAGUUACUAAAGCUGAUAGCACUACUGUAAUUACUGAGGACAGUGUGUGGCAGCCUGAUGAUACAGCUUGUAAUCCCGGUGUAAAGGUGCCAGACAUUUCAGUGAACGACAGGUGCUCAUCAGGUGAUCACGAUGUGGGUGACAUUGGAAAUACUUCACUGGAGGAGGCUGCAGAAAAGAAUGCUUCCAGGUCUAUGUCAGAGGGAAAUUACAAUUUACAAGGAACCCAAAGACAAAAGCAACUAUCAGCCCUUCCAAACAUUCUGGAAUCUAUAAAACAAAAUGAUACACAGUUGGCCAGAUGUGCGAGCUCUUCCUACAUUGCAAAUACUGCCUCGACACUUUCAUCUGAAACAGACACUGUGUGCUCCACUUUAUCAUCAGAAGCUAGUUAUCACAUUACUACUGCAUCACUUACGGAGGACAACUCACAGGAAAGGACGCACACAACUAGCACGUCUGUUGGAAAGACCGGAACCAAGCGUAAGGUAUCUCUUUCUGAAUACCGAAUGCGUAAAAAGAAGGAAGGCAGAGAUUCAAAACAUCAAACUUCUGUGGAGUCUGAAAGCAUGUUAUUAAAAGAUAGUAAACCAACAAGUCUGUUGCCACUGCCUCUCUUUGAACCUCUUUUGUCAACAGGCACGUCAAAAAACGGCCUUAAGUACAGUGACAAAGGUAAGGAAGGAUUAA